AGCCCACGGUAGCAACACGGGCAAUUUUGCUAGUCGGCCAACUUAGAUGGUGAUGCCGCCCUCGCUUCGCUUUAAGCUGCGGGUGCCCUCUCCUAUGUAACAGGACAUCCCGCGACGCCCGCGUUCUCUUCUCUCCCGGGGCCCAGAGCCCAGACGGCGUAGCUCUUGACUGCUGCUCGAGGUUGACUCCUUUGACUCCUUGCUGCUGCCAAUGUGUGCCCUCAGGUGGAUCACGGGCCUCUUGCUUGCCGGGCCGGCAUUGGUCUCGUGCGUCGCCCAGACGGCCGAUCCUACGGGCACGGCCAGUGUCCCCACCCCCGAUGCGUCCGGAUCGGCCGACAUUGCCAGCCAGUUUGUCUCAGAGCUGAUCGCCAAUGCCACUCAGGCGGGACAAGCCCAGGAGAAGCGCAACCUCUCGUGCAGUCCAAACGACUCAUUGGUCGUCGACCUGGGCUAUGCGAAAUACCGUGGCUAUCACAACGCGACGACCGGCUUGAACAACUGGAAAGGUAUUCGCUAUGCAGCCCCUCCCACCGGCGACCUCAGGUGGCAGCCCCCCCAAGCGCUCCCGCCCAAGGCCGGUGCCGCCGUCACGGACGCCAGUUCGUUCGGCCCCAUCUGCCCGCAGUCGCUGCCCGCGGUCCCCGGCGCGGUCUUCAUACCCGGGGACGAGGACUGCCUCUACCUGAACGUCUAUGCACCCGCCAAUGCCACCGCACUGCCCGUCCUGGUCUGGAUCCACGGCGGCGGGUACGGCUACGGCGAUGGUACCCAGGAUAUGAGUGAGAUCAUCAAUGCCAACAACCAGCGCUUCGUUGCUGUGACCAUUCAGUACCGCCUCGGCGCCUUUGGCUGGCUGUCUUCUAGCGAGCUAAGGAGUAAGGGGGUCGUCAAUGCUGGCAUUUUGGACCAGGCGUUUGCCCUCCUCUGGGUAAAGCAGCACAUCUGCCAGUUCGGCGGAGACCCGUCGCGGAUUACAAUCUCGGGCGAAUCGGCCGGUGGCGGCUCGGUAAUGUACCAUGGUAUCGCCGUCAAGGGCAGUCUGGGCACGCUUCUGUUCCGCCAGAGCAUCGCCGCCUCGCCCUACCUCCCUUUCCAGUACAACUACAACGAUGCCCUUCCGACCCAGCGAUACUAUGCGUUUUCGCAGGCGGCCGGAUGUCCAGCUAGCGGGAAGGUCUUCAACUGCCUUGUCAGCAAAGACACGAACACCUUGCAGCAGGCCAGCUUCAACGUCACCCAAGCGUCCCCCUACGGGUACUGGGGCUUCUGGCCAGUUACCGACGGUAUCUAUAUCCAGAACCGGCCAAGCCAGCAGCUGCCUACCGGGCAGGUCAACGGCCAGAACCUACUGGUCGGUCACAACGCCAACGAAGGCCCGCUGUUCGUCCCGCCUACGCUGACCACCGAAUCGGACCUGGUUGGCUGGCUAUCCGGCGUCGAGUUCCCAAACCUGACCCCGGCCCAAAUCGACACCAUCCUCGCCGCCAACCCCAACAGCGCCAACACGAGCGCCACGGGCCCGCACUUCGACACGGACGGCGUCAGCUCCGUCACCGCCGUGCAGGUGUCCCAGUCCGCCAACGGCCAGCAGCAGCGCGGCAACAACAUCUACGCCGAAGCCACCUUCGCCUGCCCGGCCUACUGGCUCGCCUCGGCCUACUCCGCCCGCCGCGGCCGCGCCGCCUGGCUGUACCAGUACAGCGUGCCGUUCGCGUACCACACCACCGACGUCGCGGCCUACUUCGGCCCGCGCACGCCCAACCAGGGCGCCGACCUCGCCCUGGCGUUCCGCCGCAUCUGGGGCAAUUUUGUUGUCGACGGCAACCCGUCCAUCAGCGCGGCCGACGCGAACGGCGCUAGCGCCGCGGACCCCGCCGCGCCCAACCCGGCUGCCGCCUGGCCUGCCUGGUCGGCCUCGGGGUUGCAGUUCUUGAACCUCAACCAGACCGGCGGCGUGCCCUACCAGGUCACGCUCCAGUGGGGCGCCACCGUGACCCAGUUUGCUGACCCAGGCCUGCGGAACGCCUUCACCCUAGCUAAUGCCUCGACCUGGGAGGGCGGCCGCAAGGCCCGGUGUGAUGUGUACUUGAGCUUGGCGCCGAGUAUCCCGUUGUAAUAAGCGAAGUGGAGGUGGAGCAAGAUAGUUAAAAUCAAUAGGCGGUGAUACCAGGCAGGCGUUGCGAGUUCUUGCCAGGCACUGCUAAUAGGUGACCUCCUGUGUGCAUAGACGAUGACUGGCUUAUAGUCGCUAAGAAGCAUAGGAAGCCUCUCCUACUCAGGUAGGUAGUUAAUUUGUUCGCGCAAAUGAGGGCGCCCCCAGGCAGGAUAGCCUGGGCCGACCAGGAAGCUUACCUACAGUUCGGAUGGGCCCGAAAACUGAGAUGAACCUAUGUGCGUGCUUA